CAGGCAUCGAGUCCAGCUCCCAGACAGCAUCACAAGAACUUCUCAUUCCAAAUGACCUGAUUGGUUCAAUAAUCGGCAGACAGGGUACAAAAAUCAACGAGAUCCGCCAAGUUUCCGGGGCUCAGAUCAAGAUCGGCAGUCAGCUGGACAGCACUAGUGACCGACACGUCACCAUCACAGGCUCCCCAAUCAGCAUCAACUUGGCCCAGUAUCUAAUCACAUCCUGUUUAGAGACCGCCAAAUCCACUGCCCAGUCCUCCUCCAUGUCGACCCCUGUAGACCUCAACAUGAGCUUCACCCAGACUGCUCCCCCUGCAUCGUCCUCUGCCGCAGCCCUGGCAGCGAUGGGCGGCCUGCCCCACGCUCCAAUCUUGGGCGCCCCCUAUACCCUCCCCCUCUCCAGCCUCCUGGGAAUCAAAUCCGUCCCCUUCCUGGCGCUGUCGGCCCCCGCUGCCACUGCCGCCGCUGCUGCUGCCGCCGCCGCCGCUGCCCCAGCUCACGGCUCCCUGGCCUCCUACACCGCCAAGAUCUCCUCGGCCAACGGCAUCAAAAAACCGGAGCGGCAGAAGUUUGCGCCCUACUGAGAGGAACCACCCAACACCUCCUUUGAGACAAAAUGCCGGAGAGGAAUACUUUUGAGGGUUCUUCUUCUCUUCUAGCCUCAUGUAGCUGUGUAGAAGCAGACAGAACCAAUUUGUUUUCUUUAUUCGGUUUCGUAGCUUGUUCUGGAAAACGGCAUCAAAUUUAACCUUUUGUGUUUUGGCUGAGGUAGCCGCUAAAGCCAUAGACUAUAUUCCUAAUCUUUCCCCAAAUCUUCUUUACACACACACACACACACACGCACACACACACACACACGUUUAUUGUUCUGCUCUUAUUUAUUGAUAUUAACGAAUUAUUCCCGCAAAGAGUUUAUAUAACGUAGAACACUGUUGACUGAUGCUAAUCUCUUACGUAUCAGCUUUUAUACAACGAUGUCUGUGAAUGCUUCUGUAUACGACGACUUCCUUGAUUUUUUUAGAAAUCUUUAAACGAUGUAUUAAAACUAAACAAACAAAAAAAAAAGAUGAUGAUGUUUUUCAACAUGACAGAUCUAAACCUUUUGUUUGUGUUACAUUUCUACGUUUGGUUCACAUUGGUUAUGAAAUGUUAUUUAUUUUAUUUAUUGUGCAGAGUGUUUCUUUUAAAGUCAAUGUUUUCAGUAACAGCUGCAGGUAUAUAUAUAUAUGACUACAAAAAAAAUAAUUUCUUCCAUUCAAUCAUGGGUUACGUGAAAAAGACGAUAGUUACGUAGCCAAGUUUCUGUACUUGCGUGCCAUGAUGAAUUCUGGGAUGAAUAUCUAAACAUAGCCUGGCUAUCAACAGCCGAGUACGGACGAAUGCUGUUUCAGGGGGGUUUCUUUCACCAUUUCUAAUGGCAUAAAAUGACUACUAUGCAUGGUGACUGCCCAUGUUGGAGACUAAUGCUGCAUGUUGACUUGGCCCCUCACACUAGCAAAGACACAUACAACAUAGACUCAUUCUAAAAGCGUAGUCCUAUAUACAUUUCCGGAGACCGCAAAUUAUGUAGCCAGAAGUAUUUCAUUUUUUAAAUGAACGCUAUGAGGCGGCAUGACGGCAUUUGGUUUUGCGCUUACCAUCUGAUUGCUUACCUCCGUAUGGACGGCUUUCCCACUGUAACCAGUUUGUCCCAGUAGCUCGUCAUGUGGGUCGGCGGACUUGAGAUGUAGGGAGGAGUUGACCACGACGACAGGGUUCGAGUCUGGUGAAGAGCAGUUCCAGUAAGCAGGUAAAACAAAAACAGAAGCCAAAAAAUAAAUUAAACAAGUAAAUAACAGGGUGAGAAUAACAGGGUGAGAACUCUGCGCUGGUUGGGGAAAUUUCAUAUUCAACCAAAACAAUACAUUGCAAUUGGCUUAAGAUAGGCAAGCAAAAUUUGCAACCUGCAGAACCUGGGAAUUUAAAAAAUAAAUAAAUCAGACGAGGGCUUUUCUUUUUCUGCUUUCGAAAAUUGUUGGUUGGAGGGUGGGUCAGUCGAUUGGUCGGUCAUUCAGUCAGUCAGUGGAACAGUUGGUCAACAGCGGCCUCUGGUGGACUAAUGUGAGAACAGCAGGCGUGAAUGGCACUCGCAAAAGAAAUUUGAGAUGUCAAAAAAACAUACACAGCGGCCUCUGGUGGAUUGAUGAAAACAAAAACUGCAAAAAAAAGGUCGCUCCUGGGACGUUUUUCGCAGCCUCCGGAAAUUCAGAGGUACGUUUUCAGAAUGAGUCUGGGUUGGACACGUAGGUCUCAGAGGUGUUGCAGAAGAGCAAUAUGGAUUGAAAGUACUAAAAUACACACACACACACAUAUAUAUAUAUAUAAGACCUACAUGUAAACAUGCUUCAAGUGUAGCUACGUUAAUCAUUAUGCUCGAUCACAGAGUAUACUUCGUGGACUGAUUAUAGUUUCUCUUUUCAUUUUUCUAAAUAUAGAAAUAAUCUCACUUAUUUUUCUAAACCUAGAAAGCUAAAAACUGAAUGUGACCACUCACAUGAUUCAUCCACGUGGUAGAUUUAGCGUAACCUUGACUCGUGGUUUUUCUUUUGUUGUUGUUGUUCUUUUUGAUUCGUUUAGAUCUCUUCAAACGUCUGUCCCAUAAUCAUUUGCAUGAAUUUAACUCGGCGUCUAUGCAAAACAUCUCGGGGCGGUUCAGCGAGGUAUCCUAUGUCAUGCUUCAUAGAUGGCCCUAAAUAAACCACCAUUGAGAAAGGGCUAUCGCAAAAAAAGACAAAAGAGAAAGCGGGAACCCAAGGACAACGAUGCUCUCGAAUUUAUGAACCAUGCUGUGUGUAAUAUAUAUACAUAAAUAUACGUUCUAUUGUAUCCAUAUUUCCCAUUCCAAAAUCUAACCACACAUAACCACCCUUUCACACGCUCUGCGAAACGGCUCGGUGCGGCUGUGAGAUUUCCACUGUAGGGUUUCCAGAAAACUGUUCAGAUGCUUGAAUUAUCCCAGGUCUGGGUUUUGGAUUCACUCGAGGUUUCGUUUGUCAGCCUUGGCAUAAAUGCAACUCUUGUUUUUAGUUAUAUUCAUCAACGCCAUACAAAUGAAUAAAAACAAUACUGUAUUAACGUAA